UAAGGCAGUACUGGGAAGUGCUAAUGAUGAUAAUCUAUGGAAUGGCAUUCAUCUUUAUCCCUUAUGAUGUUGCCUUUCACUACGGCUCAAAACGUUUGGAGUCGUCCUUCUUCAUUAGCAGCAUAAUCGUUCUCAUUGAUAUCGUUUGCUUAAUGGACAUCGCAAUUAACUUUAAUUCCAGUUAUGUAGAUAGUCAUACAAAGGAAAUUGUGCUUGACAAAAGAAAAAUUAUUAGAAAUUAUCUGAGAGGCUACUUUUGGAUUGAUCUCCUAAGCUCAAUUCCUGAUCGUCUCAUCCUAGCCUU